AUGAAGCGAAAACAUGGCGAAGAUGAAACCACGGCGAUAGCUGACGAGUCAACACUUGACUCAAAUUCCUCCUUUUCCAGUCUAGGCCUAGAUGCUAGAUUAUUACAAGGUAUCGCAAAAUUGAACUUUGCGCAUCCUACAUUGGUACAGGCGAAAGCUAUUCCUCUGGCAUUGGAAGGAAAGGAUAUUUUAGCUAGAGCAAAAACCGGUUCCGGGAAGACAGCAGCAUAUUUAUUACCAAUACUCCAAGCAAUACUCAAACGGAAAGAGAGUUCUCCGGACGAAAAGUUCACAAGUGCCCUGGUCCUCGUUCCAACGAGGGAACUUGCACAACAGGUUCACAGGACCACCGAGAAACUUGCAGCUUACUGCGCGAAAGAAAUUAGAGCUGUAAACAUAGCCCAAAAUGUGUCGGAACAGGUUCAACAGUCUCUGCUCGCCGAAAGACCGGAUAUAGUCAUUGCUACACCUUCCCGUGCUCUCGUCCACAGCAAUCUUUCAGCGCAUGUCCUUACAUCAAAGGUUACCCACCUUGUAAUUGACGAGGCUGAUCUAGUGUUAUCGUAUGGAUACGAUGAUGAUUUACAAGCUGUGGCAAAGGCACUGCCAAAGGGCCUUCAGACGUUUCUCAUGAGUGCUACAUUAACUGCGGAAGUCGAAACAUUAAAAGCGCUUUUUUGUCGGAGUCCAGUAAUACUACGGUUGGAGGAGAAUGAGGCAGAAGACGGAGAAGGCGUGAGUCAAUUUGUGGUCAAGUGUGGAGAAGAUGAGAAAUUUCUGCUGGCCUACGUGAUUUUCAAGCUCAAGCUCAUAAAGGGGAAGUGCAUCAUCUUUGUUGGCGAUAUAGAUCGGUGCUACCGUCUCAAGCUCUUCUUGGAACAGUUUGGGAUACGAAGUUGCGUCCUCAACUCAGAGCUACCCGUCAAUUCUCGUCUUCAUAUCGUGGAUGAAUUCAAUAAGAAUGUUUACGAAAUAAUCAUCGCCACGGACGAAAACGAAAUUUUAGGAGACGAAGAUGAGGAAGACGAAGGGAGAGAACUAGACGAGAAUGAAGCAACACCACACAGGGCCUCAAAAGCCCUUAAUGAUGAAGUAAAGGGAAUAGAGGUAGCAGUAUCCAAAAUGUCUCUGAAGAAAAAACGAAGGAAGGUUCGCCGGGACAAGGAAUACGGCGUCUCCCGCGGCAUCGACUUUCAAAACGUCGCCUGCGUCCUCAAUUUCGAUCUUCCAACGACCUCCAAGUCCUAUACACAUCGUAUUGGCCGUACCGCACGCGCAGGAAAGACUGGCAUGGCGCUUUCUUUCGCUAUCCCUGCGGAGCUUUUCCGAAAACACAAACCUACCAGCUUCUCAACCUGUGGGAAUGAUGAGAAAGUACUUGCAAAGAUUAUUAGACACCAGAAAAAGCGUGGGAAAGAGGUGAAACCUUAUCACUUCGAUAUGAAGCAAGUCGAUGCAUUCAGGUAUCGUAUGGACGAUGCGCUCCGUGCCGUGACCCGUGUUGCUAUCCGCGAGGCUCGUACACGGGAGAUUCGGCAAGAGCUUUUGGCUAGCGAGAAAUUGAAGCGUCAUUUCGAGGAAAAUCCAGAAGAUUUAAUUCACUUGAGGCACGAUGGCGAGCUGAGAGCUGCAAGGAUUCAGCCACACUUGAAGCACGUCCCUGAUUACCUUCUUCCAACAACUGGGAAGGCUGUUCUCUCUUCUGGAUCUUUGGAUUCCACCGGUAGAGGAGGCUUUGUGGGUAUCAGGAAGAGCAGCGACAACAGAAUCAGGAAGGCCAGGAUGAAGAAGACAGGCAAGGCCGGAGGGAAAAGUGCUGGAGCUGGGGGCAGGGAUCCAUUAAAAAUGUUUAGAGGUGGGAAAAAGUAA